AUGGGGAGAGCAGAGGACCCUGAGCAGACCAUCACAGCUUCUGUGACCUAUCUGCAAUAGCUUCCCAGUCAGGAYAGUUGUGAAAAUAAUAAAUGAGGAGCUACCUUUAGGAAAAGCAAGUUUAACUGUGAGCUUCCAACAGAGUGUGUAGUUUGCCCACAGUAGCGGUGAGGGGUGAGCAGUUGGGCUGGCUUUGCUCAGGCUGUGCUGCAGUGCCGUGUUUCCCAAGCAGGACACAGUGGAAACAGCAGGACACCRAGGACACUUUUGGGCUGCUCUGGAGACAGCGUGAGCAGCUGGUGUUCCCUGGGGAGUGUGCCCCCCGGCUGCUGGCCUCUUGCCAGCUGGAGAGCCCUCGGCAGUGCCCGCAGCCAGCCGGAUGAUGGGCUGGAUCGACCGGGUGGUGCCCCAGCCCCCCGCACCCCAUGUGACAGAGCAGAGCCCUGUGCAGGAGCCAGAGCCAGUUAAGGCACCAACAGGAAAGGCCGGUGGCCCCACGGAUGCUGCUGACCGGGCACGCACUGAGGAAACCGAGAAGAAAGUGACCUUUGUGGUCCCUGAGGACACAGGUUCUGUGUUUGAGAGUGUGGGGAGCAGUGUGCUCUCCUGGCUCUCCAAUGGGCUGGAGAAGGUGAUUCCCCAGCCAGCCCCAGCCCCAGGGCUGCAGGCACUUGGAAAGAGCUUCGAGACGAGCAUCGACAUUGCGGACCAGACAGAGGUCCAGAUCCUUGGGGAUGAGGACGAAGAUGCUCUGGAGAUAACCCCCUUCGAUCCCGAGGAGGAAGGCUYCGAGGUCGAGGAGGAUCCCAGCCCGGAGGAGUGGGCAGGAAAGCGGGUGCUCAGCUGGCUGUCACAGGGCUUCGAGAGGAUCGUGCCGCAGCCAGAGGGGAUGAAAAARCCGGAGACAGAGCCCAAGAAGAGCGAAGGCACGGCGGAAGGCACAAAAGAGACUAAAGCCCAGGCAAAGCCAAAAUCCAGCACUUCAGCCCCAAAGAGCACCCCAGCAGCAGCCGAGGGGCAGCCAGAGCCGGUGACCACCCUCACCCCUCGCUCUGUGGCCGUGGAUGGCACCAGGAUGUUCAGCUGGUUUGUCCAGGGGCUGGAGAAGGUGAUGCCACAGCCGGUGACGAGGGACAAGCAGGACACACAGGGAGUGGCCACCUCCAGUCCUGUGGAACAACUUCCCACAGCCCCUGGGGAGCAGGAGCAGACCCAUCUCAUCAUGCAAGAGAUCGACGAUGGCCGCGUUCAUGAAGCCGCAUGUGAGAUGAGGGCCUGGGCUCACGAAGCUGAUGUUUGUUCCCUUCCCACCAUCCAGGAGGAGCCUCAGGAAGAGGAAAGCAGACAAGGGUUGUGUUCCCCAAAUGCUACCGAGGAGGAAAAGGAGGAGGAGAAGGAGGAAGACAGGAAGAAAGAGGAGGAAGAGGAGAGGAAGAAAGAGGAGGAGGAGGAGAGGAAAAGAGAGGAGGAGGAAAGGAAAAAAGAGGAGGAGGAGAGGAAAAGAGAGGAAGAGGAGAGGAAGAAAGAGGAGGAGAGGAAAAAAGAGGAAGAGGAGAGGAAAAGAGAGGRAGAGGAAAGRAAAAAAGAGGAGGAGGAGAGGAGAAAACAGGAAGAGGAGAGGAAGGAGGAGGAGCGGAAGAAAGAGGAGGAGGAGAGACCCCUGCUGCAGCCACCUUGCCUCCCUGCUGAUAAAGGUGUGGAUGAAGCCUGCCUGGCUGAGGAGGCCCUCGGGGUCGAGCAGCUGGAAGAAGUUGAGAUAAGUAAUCUGGAAGGUGCUGCUGUCCAGGCUGCUCUCAGCAUGGCCAGGCGGGCCCGGGACGUCGAGCUCGACYGGCUGGUGCAUGACAAGCCGCUGGCUGGCGGGGACCCGUCCCCUCCCGGUGCUCUAGAGCAGCUCCCCAAUGUCCCCAGCUACCGAGCCACCGCUGCCACCCGCUCCACCCCCGUCCCUGUCACCUGCAAGCCAAAGGCUGGAGUUGUCAACCCCAAUUUUUGCACUGAGGAGCAAUCCCCACUAGGAGGUCACCCCACGGUGGAGAUGGAGGAUGUGGACAGCGCAGGCGCUGCGGAGGAGCGCGGUGCCCCUUUGGCAGUGCCCGACCUGCUGGCGGUGCCUGGCGCAGCAUCCCCCAGGAGGAAGCGGCUGCUCUUGGAGGAUGRUCUGGACAAGGGGCUGCAGAGCCAGAGCCCCUCCCGAGUGCUGGGCUGGAGUGAGGAGCAGAGGGAAAGCCUGUCUGAGUGCAUGGACUCGGCCACCAGCCUGAGCAGUGCCAUGGUCAAYGCACGGCUGCAGGAGCUGGUGAGGCUCUUCAAGGAGAGGACAGAGAAGGUGAAGGAGAAGCUGAUUGACCCCGAUGUCACCUCAGAYGAGGAGAGCCCCGUGGCAUCUCCCACCAAGCCAGCACUGGCAGCAGCACCGGUGCCUGCCCCAGGAGGGGAGCUGGAGGGGGACAAGCCUUCGGGGGAUGAGCAUUACUGUGAGAUGCUGUGCUGCACGUUCAAGCACCGGCCCUGGCUGGACCGCCUGAAAAACUCCCGGUUCCCCAGCAGCAUCGACCCCCUGACCAAUCUGAUGUACGUGCUGUGGCUGUUCUUCGUUGUCAUGGCCUGGAACUGGAACUGCUGGCUGAUCCCAGUGCGCUGGGCUUUCCCCUACCAGACUGCAGCAAACAUCCACUACUGGCUGCUGGUGGAUUACCUGUGCGACCUCAUUUACCUGCUGGACAUCCUCGUCUUUCAGACCCGCCUGCAGUUUGUUCAGGGUGGAGACAUCAUCACUGAUAAAAAGGCCAUGAAAGAGAACUACCUGCGAUCACAACGCUUUAAGAUGGAUGUGCUGUGCCUCCUGCCCCUGGAUUUCUUCUACUUCAAAGUGGGUGUGAACCCGCUGCUGCGCUUCCCUCGCUGUCUGAAGUACAUGGCCUUCUUCGAGUUCAACAACCGCAUGGAGGCCAUCCUGACCAAGGCAUACAUCUACAGAGUGAUUCGCACCACUGCCUAUUUACUGUACAGCCUGCACGUCAACUCCUGCCUCUACUACUGGGCCUCAGCCUACGAAGGACUGGGCUCCACCACCUGGGUCUAUGAUGGGGAAGGAAACAGCUACAUCCGCUGCUACUACUGGGCAGUGAAAACCCUCAUCACCAUCGGGGGCCUGCCAGACCCCAAGACACUCUUUGAGAUCGUCUUCCAGCUGCUGAACUACUUCACAGGCGUCUUUGCUUUCUCUGUCAUGAUAGGGCAGAUGAGAGACGUGGUCGGCGCUGCUACUGCGGGGCAAACUUAUUAUCGGAGCUGCAUGGACAGCACCAUCAAAUACAUGAACUUCUACAGGAUCCCCAAAACUGUUCAGAAGCGGGUGAAGACGUGGUACGAGUACACAUGGCACUCUCAAGGCAUGCUAGAUGAGUCAGAGCUGCUGGUGCAGCUGCCGGACAAGAUGAGGCUGGACAUCGCCAUCGACGUGAACUACAACAUCGUCAGCAAAGUGGCCCUUUUCCAGGGCUGUGACAGACAGAUGAUCUUUGACAUGCUGAAGCGGCUCAGAUCGGUGGUGUACCUGCCCAACGACUUCGUGUGCAAGAAGGGAGAAAUAGGCCGUGAGAUGUACAUUAUCCAGGCGGGACAGGUGCAGGUGCUGGGGGGACCCGACGGCAAAUCCGUGCUGGUGACUCUGAAAGCUGGGUCUGUCUUUGGAGAAAUCAGCUUGCUGGCAGCRGGAGGGGGAAAUCGCCGGACAGCGAACGUGGUGGCCCACGGCUUCGCCAACCUUUUCAUCCUGGAGAAGAAGGACUUGAACGAGAUUUUGGUGCAUUACCCGGAGUCUCAGAAGCUGCUGCGUAAGAAGGCCAAGAAAAUGCUGAAAAGCAACAACAAACCCAAAGAGGAGAAAGGAGGCCGUGGAGAAGCACUGAUCAUCCCCCCAAAAGCCGACACCCCGAAGCUGUUGAAGGCUGCCCUGGCUGCCACAGGGAGAACGAGGGGCAAAGGGCUCCUGGGGCGGCUGCGCUGGAGGCUGAGGGAGCUCAGGGCGGUGCAGGAGGCACAGGGUUCUGGUGUCAGCCCGAUCCCACCAAAAUCACCAGUGCACCAGAGGUCACCUGUCACCUCCCACACAGCACAGACCCGCCUGGGACAAGAAAUAUCCUCAGAAUCUCCUGAUCAUUCCGUCACCAUUCGUGUGAUUUCCACGGCAAAGGAAGAUGAGGAAAUCCUUGCUGCUGAGAUUUCAGAGAAAGAUGAAGCAGAAGAAGAGAAAUGAAACAGCAGCAGGUCCCAGGGCAGGCGUAGGAGUCAGGCAAACGCCUGGGGUUGCACAUUUUUGUUGUUAAUAAUUCCCAUGCAGUGGCUGUAGGCUUUGCUGYGUGCUGUGGGUAGGAUCUGCCUCCCUUUUCUGCCCAGACCCUCAAUCCCUGCUGAUAAAACCCUUUUCUGGGCCGUUUGAUCCAGAACCAUGCAAGGUUUCUAUACUCUGCAGGUCUAUUGAGCACCUUUAUUAAUUCCCCACUAAAUCUCAGACCAACCCUCUUGCUUUGAAAUCCAGCCUCGUGGAGGGAGAGCUAUGGAAAAAUAGCUUUUUAUGGCUCUGGAUGGUUAAUGAGUGUUCAGACAAAGCGUGAAGAGUUAUUCACCUCUGACAGCUGAGUCACUGCUUGGCUACAAACAACCAAGGGAAAAAAAAAAAAAAAACAAGGAGGUUUCUCUGUUGGGCUCAAGGUUGACAGCAGCAGUGGGGAGUGAUUCAUCCCAAAAGGAUGUGGACUAUGCUCACAGGCCAAAUCAGGCUGUCAUGAGAAUGCCAAGCUCUGUUCCUGAGUGCCCAGACUGCAAGAUGCUCCAGGGUCCCUGCRUGGUGCCAAGACCACCUUGGCUUUGCCACUGGGAGGAAUUCUUGCCAGCUGUCCACGCUGGGAAGGUGGUGGGCUCUCCAUGGCUCAGGGCUGUUAUGCAGAGAUUUGGUGA